AGCAAUAAACGGUUGGUUGGGGAUUGACCAUUCCAUCAGAAGGCUUCAGCAUCGACGGGCGGCGGGUACGGGAGUGGCAGACGGGGAGGCGCCUGUGUGAGUGACAAGCUGCUGCUAGAAUCUCGCCGACCCCUCCAGUCCUCCCCUAAGCCUGAGGUCCAGCAGCCUCGGGGAGCCGCCGGUGGAGCGGCGCUGCGAAGAGAGGCUCUUCUGUGUGACAGCUCAGAAUGAUGGAUCAAGCCAGAUCAGCAUUCUCUAACUUGUUUGGUGGAGAACCGCUGUCAUAUACCCGGUUUAGUCUGGCUCGGCAAGUGGAUGGCGAUAAUAGUCACGUGGAGAUGAAACUAGCUGCCGAUGAAGAAGAAAAUGUUGACAAUAACACGAUGGGUAACCACACCAGUGUCACAAAACCAAGAAGGUUAAAUGGAUAUAUCUGCUAUGGGACUACUGCUAUAAUCAUCUUUUUCUUGAUUGGAUUUAUGAUUGGCUACUUGGGCUAUUGUAGACGUGCAGAAACAAAAGCCCAAUGUGAGAGACCAGCAGGAACAGAGUCUCCAUGCACAGAAGGUACAGAAUCUUUUGAGCCAGAAGAGCACCUUCCUGAAACACCUCGUCUAUUUUGGGCAGACCUCAAGUCAAUGUUGUCAGAGAGACUGGAUACCACAGACUUCAUCGGUACCCUCAAGAUGCUGAAUGGAAAUUCUUAUGUCCCUCGUGAGGCUGGAUCUCAAAAAGAUGAAAGUCUUGCUUUUUUCAUUGAAAAUCAGUUCCGUGAAUUUAAACUCAGCAAAGUCUGGCAUGAUGAACAUUUUGUUAAAAUUCAGGUCAAAGAUAGCAAUGCUCAAAACUCAGUGAUCAUAGUGGAUUCAAGCAGUGGCAGCUUGAUACACUCGGUGGAGAAUCCUGAGGGUUACGUGGCGUAUAGUAAGACUACGACAGUUACUGGUAAACUGGUCCAUGCUAAUUUUGGCACUGAAAAAGACUUUGAGGAUUUAAACACGCCUGUGAAUGGAUCUUUAGUGAUUGUUAGAGCAGGGAAAAUCACUUUUGCUGAAAAGGUUGCAAAUGCUGAACGUUUCAGUGCAAUUGGUGUCUUGAUAUACAUGGACCAGACUAAAUUUCCUGUUGUUAAUGCAAAUCUUCCAGUUUUUGGACAUGCUCAUCGGGGAACAGGUGACCCUUACACACCUGGAUUCCCUUCUUUCAAUCACACUCAGUUUCCACCAUCCCAGUCAUCAGGAUUGCCUAACAUACCUGUCCAAACAAUUUCCAGAGCCGGUGCAGAAAAGCUAUUUGAAAAUAUGGAAGGAGACUGUCCUUCCAGCUGGAGAACAGACUCUUCAUGUAAGCUGGAAUCCUCAGAGAGUAAGAGUGUGAAGCUCACUGUGAACAAUGUUCUGAAAGAGAUAAGGAUUUUUAACGUCUUUGGAGUUAUUAAGGGCUUUGAAGAACCAGAUCGCUAUGUUGUCAUAGGGGCCCAGAGGGAUGCCUGGGGUCCUGGAGCUGCUAAGUCCGGUGUAGGAACAGGUCUUCUGUUGAAACUUGCCCAGAUACUUUCCGAUAUGGUCUUAAAAGGUCAGUUUAAACCCAGCAGAAGCAUUGUCUUUGCCAGCUGGAGUGCUGGAGACUUUGGAGCUAUUGGUGCCACUGAAUGGUUAGAGGGAUACCUUUCCUCGUUGCAUUUAAAAGCUUUCACUUACAUUAAUUUGGACAAAGCUGUUCUUGGUACCAACAACUUCAAGGUUUCUGCCAGCCCGUUGUUGUAUUCGCUUAUCGAGAAAACGAUGCAAGAUGUGAAAAAUCCAGUUACCGGACUGUCUCUAUAUCGGGACAGCAACUGGAUCAACAAAGUCGAGAAACUUUCUUUUGAUAAUGCUGCUUUCCCUUUCCUUGCAUAUUCUGGAAUCCCAGCAGUUUCUUUCUGUUUUUGUGAGAACACAGAUUACCCUUAUUUGGGUACUACCAUGGAUACCUAUGAGGUCCUGAAUCAAGAGGUUCCUCAGCUGAACAAAAUGUUACGUGCAGCAGCAGAAGUAGCCGGUCAGCUUGUGAUUAAACUUAUCCAUGAUGUUGAGCUGAACCUGAACUAUGAGAUGUAUAACGACAAAAUACUUUCAUUUGUGAAGGAUAUGAGCCAAUUCAGAACAGACAUAAAGGAGAUGGGUCUGAGUCUACAGUGGCUGUAUUCUGCUCGUGGAGACUUUUUCCGGGCUACGUCCAAACUAACAACAGAUUAUAAGAACGCUGAGAGAACAAACAGAUUUGUUAUGAGGGAAAUCAAUGACCGUAUCAUGAAAGUGGAAUAUCACUUCCUCUCACCUUACGUAUCUCCAAGAGAGUCUCCUUUCCGACAUAUCUUUUGGGGUUUUGGCUGUCACACUGCAUCAGCUUUACUAGAACACUUGAAGCUGCGUCGGAAAAAUAGCGGUGCUUUUAAUCAAACACUGUUGAAAAACCAGUUGGCUCUAGCAACUUGGACUAUUCAGGGAGCUGCAAAUGCCCUCUCUGGUGACAUUUGGGACAUUGACAAUGAUCUUUAAAUGUGAUACCCAUAACUUAUCUAAGAACAUCAGGGUAAUGUUGUUUGUAGACUUGUGCUGGUUGUGCUAAAUUUUCAGUAGGGCUACAAAACCCAGUGUUGUUAACAUUCUACAUGAUCAUCUUGGUACUACUAGAUGUCUUUAGGCAGCAACUUUUAAUACAGGAUAGGUACCUGCACUUCAAGUUAAACUGAAUAACCACUUAAAAUCUUUCCUGUUAUAGUUAUGAAAAAGUCGGAACCAGUUACAUGAACUAUUGCUCUAAAUCCUAAGGAUGUGAACUGGUAUCUGUUUGAAUUGGAGGAGGAAGGUGACAUCUGCUGAAGGUGAAAAGUGGCUAGUGUGAUCCUCCAUUUUCAUUUGAUGCUAAUUAGGAGAUUCUGGGUUGUAAGGCUUUACUCCAAGUGAGAUCUGUCUCCUUUAAGGAUUUAGCUGGUUUCCACAUCCCUGAGUGAAACAAUUCAGUUUCAGAAGAGAUGAAACUUGUUUUCCUGCCAGUGAUGUGUGAAAUAGAGGUCCUUCAACUACAUAAAAUGAGGUUCAACUGUUUUAUUACAGGAGUAAGGCCUUAAUGUGUUAAGAUUAUUAAUGAAAAGAGGAUACCAGAAGCCAAAGACCUAGUAUAUUUUCUUUUCUUCUGUCCCCUGUCCCAUAAGCCUUUGUUAGUUUUUUGUUGUUUUUUGUUUUUUCAAGGUAUUUUGAAAGAGAACCAGUUUUAGGUGUUUAAUUUCAUACUCAGUUUGUCAGACUUUAAAGAACACACUGCCAAAUUCUGGCCAAAGUGUUAAUUUUUUGGAAAAGCUUCCUGUCAUUUUGGCACUGAGAUAUUUAUUGUUUAUUUAUCAGUGACAGAGUUCACUAUAAAUGGUGUUUUUUUUUUUAUAGAAGAUAAUUAUCGGAAGCAGUGCCUUCCAUAAUUAUGACAGUUAUACUGUCGUUUUUUUUUAAAUAAAAGCAGCAUCUGCUAGUAAAACCCAACAGAUACUGGAAGUUUUGCAUAUAUGGUCAACACCUGAGGGUGUUAGAAAACAACUGCAAGCAAAAUAAAAUUUAUAAAGCUAAAUCUUAGAGAAGAAUUAAAUUUAAUCAGUGGUUGCUAAUCAAGUUAGAUGUCUAUCUAGCCAACCAGAUAAGGCAGUUCUCCGAAAUGCAGUGAAUUGUGACCAAGUUAUAAAUUAAUGUCACUUAAAGGCUGUGAUUGUACUCAUAUGUGCAAAAUUUUACAGCUCAGUUUAUCUAAGGUGUAACUUUAAUUCGAUUUUGCAAAAUUUCCAGUACCUUUGUCACAAACCUAACUCACAUUAUCGGGAGCAGUGUCUUCCAUAAUGUAUAAAGAACAAGGUAGUUUUUGCCUACCACAGUGUCUAUAUCGGAGACAGUGAUCUCCAUAUGUUACACUAAGGGUGUACGUAAUUAUCGGGAACAGUGUUUCCCAUAAUUGUCUUCAUGCAAUGACAUCUUCAAAGCUUGAAGAUCGUUAGUAUCUAACAUGUAUUCCCAGCUCUCUAUAAUUCUCUAUCUUUUAGUUUUAGUGGCAGAAAAUUUUGUGGUCAUGAAGCAUAUUUGGUGGAUAACUUCAACCACUGGAAAACUACUUCCUUCAACAUUCUUUGUUUUUAAACCUAAUAUUUUGUUGUAUUUGUGGUUUCCCCAGGUCAUCUGUUUAGUGGGAUAAUAGCAUACAUUUAUAAUGUUUGCUGUUGUCAAAUGAAUUGAACUUUAUCCCUUAUUUGCAUGUUAUCUCCUAUAAACUUAAUUCAUACAAGUUUGAAUCCAGAAUUGACCUUUUAGCUUAAAGCAGGGGAAAUUUGUAUGGGAGUUUGGGGGGAGGGGAGAGUGAAGGGUGUGAGGAGGCAAAGCUUGCAAAAGGAUCUUUGACCAUGUCUCCCUAACCAUUAGCAUUUGGUGGUUAUAAGUUAUAUGUAGAUGUGAACAAGUAAGUUUGAGGCUUCAUCAGGUAGGGCUUUAUUUUCUAGUCAGCCAUUGUUAUAAACCUGAUAAUCAAAGGUUUUAUUGUGGGGCAGUUUAGUACUGUCACCUAAGAGAAAGUCCCAUAGGGUCUCUUAAGGUUCUUAAACUUAGCAUCUCUUAUGUAAACUAAAAUAGAUCUAGAUUAUUACAGCCUCGCUGAUUCAUUUCGCUACUCAGUCUAUUUUAGUCUUCACAGAGUUUCUCUUGAACUGAUACUUUAGUGUAGGUAAGUGAAAAGGUCAUAGCUGGGACUCCUGGUUUGGGUAUCAUGCUUUAUCAUACUUUACUGAAAGCUCAGUGACUUCAAGGCAGAAUAUGAAUGGGUAUACAUUUUAUAGCAGUAAAUCUCUUCUGGAAAAUCUUUUCUGUAGUAAGGAUCAGGUUAUUUCCAAUCAAACAAGUAAGUGGCAAGGGGCUUAAUAUUCCUGAAUGAAAUAUAUAUCUGACUGGUGACAACCUGCUGGUCUUCAGAAUUUUUUUUGGUUUCAGAUGUCAUGUGCAUUUUGAAGGUAAAGAAUAAAAUGAGUGAGCUUUGUCAUGAGUCACUUAUUCUAGAACUUGCAUGACCUUUACUAUGUUUCCUCUUUGCAUGUUCUUGAAAUUUUAGUUGGCUAAAGAUGGCUUAUUAGACUUGGCAACUUACCGCUCAGCUGUAUAUUUGUAAAUGAGUGAUAUGCCCUUAUAAUUGUAUACAAGCUGCUAUGUGCAACAAUGUGGAGAUUAUCUGAUUUAAUAAAAUGCUUGAACACUGA